AACAAUCUGAAGAAAAGAACAGACAACGAACGAUUUUCGUGUCAGAAUCUUUAAAACAGAGCAUGGUGUUGCGUUUAUUCGAACAAAUAUGAGUUGUUCUUCGAGGAAGAAGCUGGACAUUUGGAAGGGGAUAUGACAGAAGCCUUUUCAGAUUCAGAAGACUGUUUAGGUCACAGCUUGGUGGCUGCUAAAAGAUAUGUUAAGAGAACAAGCUCAUCUAGCUCCUGGCCUGAAAAUUUUAAGCCUUCAUUUACCCAAAAGCUUACAUUUAAAUAUGCAUUAGAAGGACAACCAGUUGUUUUCCAAUGUAGAUUAAUAGCCUGCCCAACUCCCAAGAUAACCUGGUUUCACAACAAUAGGCCUAUAUCAACAAGUCUCAGUAGGGUGAUAAAAACUGAAAAUGAUUUACACAAUCAUAGUUCCAGCCUAGAGGUUAAAAGUGUACAAGAGAGAGAUUCUGGAAGCUAUAGAUUAUUUGCAAUUAAUAGUGAAGGAUCAGCUGAGUCAACAGCAUCAUUACUUGUUGUUCAAAGGGAACAAGAGGGAAAAUAUUUGGAAUUUUUUAAAAAGGCUAAGAAAACAUGUGAAAGUAUAGAGGCUUUAGCUGAGGGAACAAUAGAAGAUAGGGUGAAGGUUGAUCUUCGAUUCAUUGGCUCUCCUUUUAACAAAAAGCAAGAUGUCAAACAAAGGGGAAUAAGGAGAACCAUACAUUUCAAGAAAAACAUCCCUGCUAAGAGAAAAGAUUUCAUGUACAAUAAAGACUAUUUUGAAAGUAAAUCUGAGAUACAGGAAUGGUUUAGUGUAGGUGAGAGUUUUCUGGAUGAGGAGACCAAAAUGAAAUUGCAACGUUUAAGGGAAGCUAAAAGAAUUUUAACGGAAAAAAAGAAACUGCCUCCUUUAGAUGUAUCUUCCGAAAUGGAUACAAGAAUUCUGAAAAAUGAAGCAAGCGAUAAAGACAAUGUGUCCUCUAGAGAACUGAGAAGUAUUCCUAUAUCUUAUUUAGAUGGAAAUAAAUAUUAUAUAGAUGAUUCUACUGAGGAAACAGGUGAUUUUCAAAGUGAUGUGGAUAAAAAUUUAAUGUCUGGAGAGCCUCCUGAAAGUCCCCAAACCACUUUUGAAGGAAUGAUUGAUGAAGAAAUCUUCCAGACCAAUAUUAUGAUGGCACAAGAUGCAUUUCCAAGAGAAAGCUUUCAAGAAGAUUCAAAAAUUUCAGUCAGAACUGAUUCAGUUACAGACAGUUUUCACAAUAAGGAAACAUUUUUUGAAGAUACCCAAGCAGUAGAAGAGUUUGAAGGGUUCAUGAGAGAAAGUGUAACCCAAGAAUCUUCAGGAUGCAUCAGCAUUGGACAAGUGAAUGAAGAAAUAUGCACAACAGCCCCAAAUAAUCCUAUCACAUCUGAUGAUAUUGCAUCAUAUACCAGUGAAUCUUUUGCUACUUCUGAAAACACUGAGAAAGUUACAGAAGUAGACAGGCAGAAAAUAACACAGGAAGGUUUGCCCCAAGUAAAGCACUCUGUUUCUAUGAAAAUUGAUGAAUCACAAACUGAGGUAGAGGAAAAAGCAACUCACUAUGAAAGCCCUUUCCAGAAACGUUUGCAACGUUGCACUCCUUCCUUCCUUCGUGAACUUGAGUCUCAAGAAGUAAAUGAAGGAGAUUGUUGCAUGUUUGCUUGUUUCUUUCAAGGAUACCCACAACCUAUAGUGACUUGGUAUAAUAAUGAUAUACCAAUCCCGCGUAAACAAGAGUAUACGAUCCGAACUACCGAAGGUCAUUCAACGCUAACUUUCUCUUCUGUUCUCCCUCAAAAUGAGGGCUCUGUCACAUGUGUGCUAUUUAACCAAUAUGGAACGGUAAAAACUUCAGCCAUGAUUAAAGUGAAGGCUAAACAGAGGUUUGGUGGCAAACCACAUAACACUUAUUGGGACCCAUCCUUCCAGGAGUACACUGAAGAAGAGGAACUUCCAUUAGCAUUUGACCAAAUGAAAGAAGGCAGCCCAACUUUCCAGCAGGAAGACAAAUCAAAUGUGUCCAUUUCAGAAGUUAACCCAUCCAGGUCUAUCACUGAAGACUUAGAAAUACUUUUACUUCCUGUAGAAAUUCAGAUAACGGCAGCUACCCUUACUCCUGAACAAGAAGAAUUUAGAGAAGUGUUCCAACCAGUUGAAUUUGUACCUAAAGGAGCAUCUGAAGAUCAAACUACUCGGUCUCCCAAACACAAAUUUACAUUUUCGUUCAGUGAGCCACCGAAACUACUAGCAGAAAUGCCCAAGUUUAUUAAAUGUAGAGAAGGGGAUUCAGUAAUGCUUGAAUGUUUACUAUCUGGAGAUCCUCAACCCAUUGUAACCUGGUAUCAAAAUGGCACAGCCUUGAACCAGAGCCAGAGGUUUGUAUUUGAGGAAGAAGAUGGUAGGUACAGGUUACAUAUCAAUGAAGUAAGUUCUCAAGACUCUGGAAAAUAUACCUGUAUUGCUGAAAACAACUCAGGAAUAGUAGAGAGUGUUUCAGAUCUCAUGGUAGAGCCUGUCCAUCUUAGUUCUUAUAAUCAAUUAGAAAAUAUUGGUGGUAUUGAGAUGGAACAUUUCUUAAACAGACAAAAACAAAUGCAAGGAGAAAUUGCAAAAGCACAUUUUUAUAACUAUUCAAUUGACUCUCUUACAAGCAAAUCUAAUGUGAAAGAAUAUUCAGUAAAGGAAUAUUUUCAGAGUCUUGAAACUGUUCAGCAGCUACGAGAGAAAGAUAAGGAGCAUUGUGUAUAUUCCAAAGAAAAACCAGCUAGAUUUAUGCGAGGUGUGACAAAAUCUGUAAUAAUCCAUGAGUCACCUGAAGUUGAAAACAUAAAUUUACAAUGCCAGAAUAAAGGGAAGGACAGAUCCAUAAGUGAACAAACAGAGUCAGAGAGAGAAGAAGCCAGAGCUUAUCCUUUUGAGAUGGCGAGACAAUUUGGUGAACAAGCGGGAAUAGAAAAGGAAAAUAUUUAUGAACAUAGAACAGCUGAAUAUUUGUCAAACAUCCAGUCUGAAAGGACGAUUCAAAGUUAUAUGGAGAAAGAUUCAUCCAUUAUGGUAUCUGAAGAGCCUUGCAAUGAAAAAAGAGGUUAUAUAGGUAAAAAAGUGAAGAAAAAAGGACAGGGGAAACCCUUGGAAAAAGUAAUACGUGAGAAGUAUGGUUUUAGAAGUGCCACAGAUGAAGUCUCUGAUGCAUGCUACGAAGAACCAGCAAGGACUCCAUCUGAAUUAUUAGAGUCAUAUGGCCACCUGGUGGGUGAAACAACAGAUGUGAGAACUUAUGUGAAAGCUGAAGUUGAUUCACAUAACUUUGAAAUGAAUUUGAAACUUCUUUCUUCUCAAACGGAGCAGAAUUUUGCAGAGAAAGAGAAGGAACAAGGGAAAGAGAUCUGUUUAGAAGAUCAGGCACCAGCUUCUGAAAGUGCUGAGCCUGGUAGACAUAUUAGAUCAGAUCUGAAGCAGUCUCACCCUCAUGUAGAAGAUGUGGAAGAUGACAACCAAGAAUUAGAAAAGGUAGAGCCAGAAGUAGUUGAAGACCAGAAUCCUGCCUCUGAAAUAGAUGAACCUGAUUUAGGGAGCAUUGUAUUUGAUCUGAAACAAAUUUAUUCCCAUUUAGGAAAUACAGCUAAGGAAUUGGAAGAGAAAGUUUAUGAGCAACAGAAAGAAAUAUACUGCAAGGAUGAAAUUCUUAAUUCAAAAGCAUUAAAAUUGGAUGUCUGUGAUAUAUCAGAAAAUGUGCAAAGUACCACAUCAUUGACUGAACAAGAAAUUCCAUCUAGCCAGGAAUUUUCCAACGGGCAUGUGAUUGAGUUGGAAAAAAGCAGUAUUGAUAAAGAUACAUUAUACCUUGAGAAAGAGGGCCCUUAUCUUCAGGAGCAUGAUUUUAGUAUUUUGGAAACAGAUUUUUCAUUCAAGUUUAGGGCUGAAGAAACCUUAGCACCUGAAAAAUCAGAAGCUGGGGUUGAAGGCUUCAUAUCAGACUUGAAAAAGGCUGCAAGUGAAAGAAGGCAUUUAAUUACAUCUGAAAUUGAAGAAAAAGAAGAGCACAUCUUGGUGCCUGAACCAACUUCAUUUGAAGAGUUAGAUAUGAGAAUGCAGAAUUACGAAGGUGUUACUCCUGAAGAACACAAUAAUGAUCGAAAUGAAACAGAUACGUACCACAGAAAACUCUCUGUCAGUCAGUAUUUCCCCUUUCUAAUAACUGAAGAACACUUACAUCAAAACAGACAAGCAGCAAAAAGAUCAGAUGGUUUCAAAGAAGAAAAGUGUUAUGCAGACAAUCAAAUUGAAAAAGAAAUGCCUUUACCCACUAAUGAAACUUUUAGUAUUACACAAAGAGAAACAUGUCUUUCUGAAAAUACUUCUAAACUAAAUGAGGUACACACUACUGAAACAGAAGAAUCAGAGACUUCUCUGGCAAAAUAUUUACUUUCUGCUGGAAAGCAGGAGCCCCCUGAUACCAAAGACAACAAGGCAGGACUCUUCCAAAAUGAAUCGAUUACUUCAAUGGAGGUCGAAGAUGUGACUUUCAACACUGUCUAUGAAUUUUAUAACCAGCAACAAGAAUCACUGGCUCGUCCAUUUUCUCCUGAAUCAGAUAUGUCAAUUGAGUUUGGAAGCACAAGCAGUGAGGAAAUCUCUGAAUUAGACCAAUUCUAUACACCUCCAUCAUCAGUUGAACAUUUUGAAUCUCCUGUUUCUCAUGAGUUACAUUUUACUUCUCUGGAUACAACUGAAAAAUACUCCACACCAUUAGGAGGAGGGAUAGCUGAAAGAUAUUCUACACCAUCAGAAGGUGAAGUAGCUGAAAGAUACACCACACCUUCAGGAGGAGAAAGUGCUGAGAGAUAUUCUACUCCUUCGGAUGGAGAAAGUGCUGAGAGAUAUUCUACUCCUUCGGAUGGAGAAAGUGCUGAGAGAUAUUCUACUCCUUCAGGAGGAGAAAGUGCUGAGAGAUAUUCUACUCCUUCAGGAGAAGAAACAAUUGAAAGAUAUUCCACACCCUUAGGAGGACCAAAGCUUAAUUUAAGCAUAAGGAAGUCUCCAGCAAGGGAGGACAGCACACCAAAUGACCUCUACCACACUCCUACUGGAGAAGGGAGUCCAGCAUGUGAUCUAUGGCGCUCAGAAUCAUUUGGUACACCUAAUGAAGCAGUUGAACCAAAAGAAAAUGAAAUGCCACCAUCUUUUAUCUCACCUCUGACCAAAAGACAGAUCUUUGAAAAUACAACGUUAGGUUUCAUUGUUGAAGUUGAGGGACUCCCAGUUCCUGGUGUGAAAUGGUAUCGAAAUAAAUCAUUGCUAGAACCAGACGAAAGAGUCAAAAUAGAAAGGGUAGGCAAUGUGUGUUCCCUGGAAAUCUGCAACGUUCAAAAAUCAGAUGAGGGAGAAUACAUGUGCCAUGCUGUGAAUAUCAUAGGAGAAGCCAAAAGCUUUGCAAAAGUUGACAUUUUGCCUCCAGACAAAAGAGCAGUGGCCCUCCCUCCUCCAGUAACACAUCAGCAUAUCAUGGAGUUUGAUUUGGAAAAAAAUUCAUCAUCAAGGACACCUUCUCCUCAGGAAAUUGUCCUAGAAGUUGAAUUAGGGGAGAAUGAUGUUAAAGAAUUUGAGAAGCAAGUGAAAAUAGUUACAGUUCCAGAAUUUACUUCUGAUCAUAAAAGCAUGAUUGUAAGUCUUGAUGUUCUCCCUUUAAACUUGGUAGAGCCAAAUAUGGCCUUUAUGGGAAAUGAAAACAGAGAUUUGAAGAUUGAUUUGGAAGUAUUUGAAAUGCCUCCACGUUUCACGAAGCCUAUUUGUGAUUAUAAAGUACCAGAGAGCUCAGACGCUAUAUUUGAAUGCUCAGUAAUAGGCAUUCCAACUCCAGUGAUUAGAUGGUAUAAAGAAUACACAUAUAUUGAACCAGAUAAUAUGAAAUAUGUGGUUAGUGAUGAGAAGGGAAGUCAUUCCCUUACAAUUCGUGGGGUUUGCCUUUUAGACAGUGCUACAUAUAGAUGCAGAGCUGUGAAUAAUGUAGGCGAAGCUAUUUGCAGGGGCUCUCUCACCAUAGGGAAUUCUGAAAUCGUUGCAACAACAUCAAGAAAAAGCAAAGUAACUGUAAGUAGUUUUAAGGAGAAAGCAGUCCUGAAAAGCAAAUAUUCAGACAGCUUUUUUGAGUUUCAUGUGGUAGAAGGACCUCCCAGAUUUUUAAAAGCUAUUUCUGACUAGUCACCUGUAGGUACAGCAGCUUACUUCCAAUGUCUGGUUCGUGGUUCUCCCAAGCCCAUGGUUAACUGGUACAAAGAUGGAAAAUUGGUUCAAGGAGAUAGAUUCAGUUCUGAGGAAAGUGACACAGGUUUCCAUAACCUCUUUAUUACGACUUUAAUUCCAACUGAUGAAGGCGAGUAUAGAUGUGUAGCCACAAAUCAAUUAGGAAUGGCGGAGACCUGUGCCACUUUAACCUUAACUAAAUUUUGUUGAGCAGUCUGAAAGCGCUAACCACAAGGCCACCAUCUCUUAGCAUCUGUGUAAUUAUUAUAAGUCUUAGAUGCUGUCAUGUUUUCAACAUCUAUAGUCAUAGAUGAUGUCUCAGGUGUAUACAUUUGUAAAGUCCAUUUGAAAGCAGUACUUGUAAUGCCCCAUUGAUGUUAUUUCUGCAUGUAGAAAUCCUAUAUUUUAAUACAUGUAAAUAUUCUGCUUUUCAAGUUGUUGAGUCCUCUUUUGUAUAUGUUAGUCUGUGAACAAAUUUAUUAAAUAUCUCUUUGGUAACUUAGUUGUUUGUACUUCUAAUUUACCUGUACUUUAGAAAUCAAGUACAGUGAAAUGUGGACCCCCACCUAGAUGUUGCAUUCCUCCUUCAUGAUAAUGUGUCAUUGGAACACAUUCUCUUUUAGUGAGUAAAAGACCUGCAAAUAAAUUGUGUGUUCAAAGGAAAAGAGGUGAAAUUGAGAACUAUAUCGGAUGAGCAAGCAGAAAAUCAGUAAAGGAUUAGCAUCACCUCUCUUGUCUAUCUACAUGUGUUAUAACCCAUAUUUGGAACUGUUUUUUUGAAUUUAUGACCAUUAUUAACUCUGACUUGAGAACAACAACAACAACAACAACAAAAAAGGCAAAACUAACUCUAGCUAAUUGGUAGCUAAUUCUGUCUCUCCACUCUUUAAAGACACCAAAAUUUUUUUCCAAAAUCUGAUUGUCCCACAAAUGUAUUCUGAAGGAUUCAUUGUUUUGUUCAUCAUAAUUCAAAAGAAUUAUCUUAAGUGGUCUUCUGUAUUUGAACAAGAUUCUACCAGCCAUUUGCAGAUAGGAUUCCUACCUGUAAAUAUGCACCUACCUGUAAAUAUGCACUCCAAUAUAUGGGUAAUAACAUAUAUUCCAGUCUAUUUACUAACAGUACAAGACAAAAUGGCUUAACUUCUUCACUGAAUUUUACUUUUAAAUUGACAAGAAAUUAUUUGUGGAAUAUACCAAGGUUCUAUUAUAGACUGCACUUCUUUAAAACGAUUUUAACUGAUCAUUUUUAAAAUGACCAUCUUUGAAAUAAUUAUAACCUGAAGAAGUCAUUUGAACUUCUAUCUAAACAUAGUCUUACAAACUGUAAUUAUUGAGAAGCUCUGUUUUCUCAUCUAUACAAUGAGAGGGUUGGACUAGAUAAUCCAUAAGGUACCUUCCAACUCUAAGUUUCUAUGCUAUGCAAUGCUAGCAUAAGACAAAAAAUGAAUUGAUAGUUUUAGUUUUGUAGCAAUGAGGAAACAAAAUGGGAUACAGUAAAGGAAAUAUGAAUCUUGAUUCAACUUAACCAUGAGCUAUUGCAUUAUUUUUUUCUGGUUAUGUAACAGUAAGGCUCUUCCGUAAUUACAUAUUACCCAAAUUAUUUGAACAGUGUGUGAACAGCAUCCAAUAAAUAUAUUUUAGCAUGACAAUUUAAAUUUUAACCUCAAAUAACAUGUAUAUUCAGUAUCUGUUUUUUCUGUAUGGAUCCUAUAUUUCCUUUGUUUAAUAUGUUUUUUACAAUGGACUCUUUCUAUCAUUAAAACCCCCCAAACUUUUAAAAUUAAAAGUUAUAAGUAAUAGAAGUCAUAAUGAAUAGAAUAACCCAAACUAAGAGGGUCAAUGUUUGACACUGACAUCCUCAUAAAAUCUUUAAAGGAGCUUAUUUUUUAAAAAUAAGAUCCAGUGCCUUGUUAAUAAUUAAUGGCAUUCAAAAAUUGCUUUAAAGUUUAUACAGCACUUUAUGUAUGUUCAAUGAUCCGUUAUUUACUGAACUCACAAAGAGGAGUUUUGGUUGUGAAAUUCAACGUUUUCUGAUGUUAGAAAGAAUUCAUUGUAUCAAACCAUCUUAAGCUCAACUAUGAGCUUAAAAAAAAAACCUUGUUUCACUACUGUAAGCCAUAAAAAGUUUUAAUAUGGAACACUCUUAACAAUUCAUUCACAUUUAAUUUGCUGACCUUGUUCAUGGUUAACAUGUCAUUUUCUCUUUUUCUAAAUAUUGAAAAAUGAGAAAUAACAAAUAAGAUUCUCUGAUUCAACAUUGUGGUAAGUAGGAAUAGUUUCAUACUGCAUAUCCAUAUUCAUUCCCUUUAGAAUUACUUGGGGAAUGUAAUAGGAAAACCUUAGAUAAGUCAUAUAUUGUAAAUCAAAGACGCCACUAAAAUGGUCACCAAAAGUAUGUUAAAUUAAAGGCAUAUUUAGGACUCAUUGACUAAAAUAAUCAAUAAGUGGUUCUAUUCCAAUUGCUGACUGUGACUUUGGCCAGUGUUCUUAUAUUUCAUAAAUACUAGAAUCUCAUCUUUUAAAAUAAAUAUACUUCCUGUACCUUCUUAUACCACUAAUGCAGCUCUGCAGAAAAGGAUCGAGUAUAAGGCUAGUCUAUCUUGUAUAUGGUUCAAGAGCAAUUAUCUACUGAAGUAACAAAAGAAUUGUACAGUACAAGAUUGUCUUGUCUCCCAGAAUGGAUGAUGAGGGCUACAUUAAAAAGGGAAUGUGGAAUAGUUUAAUACAAAUAUUCUUUCAUUCUCUCAAUCAGGGUACAGUAAUUACUUACUCCUAUUCACUAUUUUGUAUUUGUAUUUCAAGUAUUGCUGUAUAGGUUUUCCUCACCCAAUAAAACACUUUCAAAUAGUAA